AUGAACUAAUAAUCUGAAAUAAUAGAUUCAUAAGAAUAAAUUAUUCUAAAUAAAUUGCUUUAUAAAGAAGCCAUCCUCGAUAAAAUUAUUUCUAAAUACACAGUAAUCCUAUAAAAAUUCAAAAAUGCUUCUCUUGAAGAUUUAGAAAAAGAUGUAACAGAAUUGUUAAAGGAUUUGGACUUAUAUGAAUUCCAUGUAGCAAAGUCAGAGAUAUAAUUAUAAUCUGUUAUUAAAGAUUUAUCAUAAAAUGAAAAGAAGGGAAAAGAAAUAUAAGUUGAAAUAGAGAAUGUGAAAAUAGGAAUUAAAAAGAAUGAAGAAUUACUAAAGGAAGAAAUAUAAAAGAAGGCUUUUAAAGUAGAAUGUAAUUAGAUAGUUGAUCAAAUAAUAGCUUACUCUGAGUGUGAAGUUUAUUAGAAUUAAAUUGAUAGCAUAAGUGAAAAAAUGAGUAAAUUAGAAGAAGAUUAUAAAACUAGACAAGAAUAGAUAGUCCAUAAAUAAAGACACGUUUAAAAUAUUUUUUCCAGCUUGUAAGAAUUAAUUGAAGGUAAUACUAUUCAACCAAUAUAAACCAUAGAAUGA